AUGUCCCUGAAUGGCCUCGACUCGCCGGACAUCAAUCAGACCUAUCUCGCGGCGUUGAACGAGGGUGGAUGCUGGUACAGCUCCCGUGAUGAGGUACAGCUUUACGAGAAAGGUCCUGGGGGGGUGAAAGAGGCGCAAGGGGCUGUCAAGCGCUACGAGGAAGACUCUCCGCUAUAUGGAUUUAUCCUCUACCGCAGGAGGAAGGUACUACUCAAAUAUGUACCGGAAGGAACGUCAAGGCUUCUCCAAGCACGAGUAUCUGUACAUUUCCAAGCAGUAGAAGACAAGUUCACCCCUCACGAUGCUGUUUACGCUUUCGCCUCGGCGGGAGAAUUGGAAGAUACAGCACUCUCUUCGGAGAUUGCCUUACACACUGCUGCGUCAAUCAGGUCCAUCACGGAGUCGCAUCUGUCUGGUAUCACGGAAGAUGAUGGGGACACUAGGUCAGAAGCCACCCAGAAACCGAAAUCGGUGGCGGACCAAAGUGGAAACAUUGGAUCGUCACGGACCGCUGAUGAUGAUGCACAAACGCGUCACGAAAAAGCGACUGAAAUUAUUAAAGCCAUGCGAAAACAGGAUUCUUCACCAUCAUCAGAAACAAAGCGCUCUCGGGCUCCAAGCGAUCCCAACAAGGCACUGCCUAACGCCCCAAAUCAUUUCUCACGCGAUCAAUCAAAGCCUCAAUCUGUUUACAAUUUCGAUCCACGGCCCAGCAUAUCCAGUGUUGAUGGCAGAAUGUCAUCGCAAUCAGCACGACCAAGUACAAGGGAUCUCGCCAACGCUUACGAAUACAAAGGAAAGAUCAGAUUCGGCCCCCGACCAUCUGUGGAAUCAGUCAGUCGGCCUUCUACCGCUGGUGCCAGCGGCUCAUUCAGACCUGUCGCAGCGCUACCAGUGGGCCUUCGAAUGCCCCUCCGUAAUGCUGCACCUCUGCGGCCGAAUUUACAGCAACAGAAUACCCCUUUUGCAACUACGCCUUCGCCCCGAAUACCGCUCCCCACCCUACCAUCUGUGGCACCAAGGUCUUUGGGAUCGAACCUUAACGGAGUUUCAAUACAGAAAAAGCCAUCAGAAAUGGCAGCCGCCAUGACGCCGGAGAAGAAAAGGCUGAUGAAAGCGCUCGAAUUACGCAACAAACAAUUGGCUGCGCGAAGAGAUGCAUCAAGUCAUCAAGGACACCCAGCGCCGGCUUCAAAGGAGGCAAAGCUAGCGGAAGAACAGAGAAUAAACCUGCCAGCAGAGACCUUAAAGAACGAGCAAAUCGAUCCAAGUUUACAAUCGUCAUUUGUUAUCGAAGAUGAUCAGGAGACCGUGACCCAACGUUCGCAAACCGUAGAGGGGUCCCUGCGUGACCAACAAGAUUCACCUGUUUCAGGCCCUGAGCUAUCAGAAGGACAUUCAACUCAAGCCUCGUCAAUAAUAGAAGAAGACACUCCAUCGCCGAAAAAGUCACACACUAGUGAGGAGACGAUAGUAGAUGAGAAGUCAGAAAGAGGCAGUGCAGGGCAGACACCUAAUGAUAUGUCCAUGGCCCCAGAAAAGGUCUGUGAUAUCUUACCAGCUUCUCGACAGCAAUCUACUGGGUUUCAAGGUCCAGAGUCGGUUAUGUCGCCCGUGCAAGAUAACCACGAGCCAAUCCCAGUUGAAUACCAACAAGAUUCCGAUCACAGCGUUGGGAUCACUAGAAAACAUGCGCCGAUUUCGCUGGCCAAAGUCAAGGAAGUUGAUGACACGGAACCGUCGUUGAGGCAAGACUACAGCUCGAAAGAGAUCAAUGACUCUGAUAGUGAUCAUUCUAACUCCGAAAAUUUGGCGCUGGCGACCUCAACCUCAAGUUCAAGACGUGCCGUGGGAGAAGCCGGUGCAAAGCUCUCGCCCGGAGGUCAAAACCAGAUAGGCGCCUCAUCACCAGUCAUGGCGAAGGACCCAGGAGUACGCAGCACCUCAGAGUCUCAUGACCUCGUUCCAGAGGGCCAAGCUAUUGCAAAACGAAGCGAUUCAGACAGUCAACCCAGUCGGUCAUUUCCUAGCUCUGACGCUCAAAACGAGCAUGAAACUCUGGUGAGUAAUGCACUUAAUGCAUCUUGGUUCAAUGAAGCAGAUACCGAGCUAGGUCUCGGUGAGCCCGAAGAGAUCGACGUUUCGAGAGCAGAUAAAGCUGAAAGCAACCAACCAUCUCAAGAACUCUUUGCUACCGGUGUAGACAGAGGCUUCAUUGAUUUCGGGAAGGCUGAGGAGUCUAAUCAACCAGUUCCUGGUCCCACGCAGAGUCUACACCAAGUUUCGGCAUCGAAGGCGACUAAAUUCGGCAUAGAAAAGCAGUCAGAGGAGACAAAUGCGUCAUCAACCAAAAUUUUCACCAAUGAUUCUGCGGCAGAGGCGGACAAACUCUCAAACACUAGCGAAUCUACUUCGAUAACACAGGCAAAGCGACGCGGAGCUAGCCCACUCAAGCGUACCUCAACUCCAGAUCAGUCCGACGAGCACUUUCUAUCUGACGAUUCUUUCAUGGAGGAGCUCAAGACUGCGUCUGUGCAAGAGGCGAAGCCAAUCUCGGUCUCCAAGUCUCCCAUCAAACCAGUCUUCGCUAGGCAUAGUAGCGAGACAAAGGCGUUAGAGAAGCCCAAGGCCUUCCGCAGCAUCUCUAGCCCAAUGCAGAUUCAAGUUCAACCAGGCCGAAGCCCUUCCCCACCCCCUUUGCCAACAUUGGCGUCCCCGCGUUCAUUUUCAGCCUCAAAUCCUCCGCUGCUAUCGACUCAUUCAAAAGGUGCCGUUCCUCCAAAGAAGUAUGGUGUCUCCACGAGCAUAUCAGCUCGCAUAAAAGCUCUGGAACAAAUGUCAUCACGACCAACCAGCCCGACUUUGCUUACGACACCACAGACUACGUUCAUUAGUCUUAGUGACCGAAAGUCAUCGCUUCAGAGUUCUCCACAAACCCCUGAUAUCACUGCUUUUAGUGCCAAUUCAAGCCGUCCAAGCACGACGCCUCAAUCACCAUCAACUUCACCCCAACUCGCAUCGUUCAGUACGAUGGGUGCUUCAGUCAAAGGGCGUUCAGAUUCAAUAUCAGUAACAGCGACAAUUGUCCGGGAUGUCACCGACAGACUCGCAGACAACUACCCAAAUUCACUUGACUCUCGGCACUUGGAUCUACAUCGAAGUCCUCUCCUCGUUGAGCACUCACCCAUGAGCCCACCAUCUUUCCAUCCACUUCAGCCACCUCGACCGCAAUACGCACGACAAGCAUCCGCACGCUCGGGGUCCUCCUCCAAUAGCGAGCAAAGGAAGGACAUGUCACCAAAAGUUUCACGACGAGAAUCCUUUGCCAGCUGGCGUUCUGGGUCUAGUCGCAACGGUAGUGAUGUAGAUCUCCCCAGAUCAGCUAGCGACAAGUCGCUCGGCGCCCCAGUCGACGGCUUCAGAGAGGAGAAGAGAGACUCCAAGGGCAAGCGACUACUAAAGCGAAUGUCAAACAUCUCUUCGGUAUCUAAACGCAGCCUGGCGUCCGCACUGAACUCCAGUCCAAAGGAAGCUGCAAUCAUUGAGCAUCGAGAAUCCAUUGACCAGCCUUCGUCUUCUACGGUCGAUCUGGGGGACAUAAAUGUACAAUUUCCAGAUACGCUUCUGUGGAAACGGCGGCACAUGGUUCUCAAUGAGCAGGGAGUUUUGUCAUUGCAUCCUUCGACAUUGGAAAGGAACCCGAAAAUCAUCAUGAAGAGCUUCUCACUUGCAGAGUUUCGCCCUCCGUACAUACCAGAUCAGGAUAGGCAAGAGCUACCAAACAGCAUCAUAUUCGACUUCAAGAACGGUAGUACCCUGCAAUGUGCUUGUGACACUCGAAAGGGCCAGAUAGAGGCUUAUAAUUCUUUACGACAAGCACAUUCAAUACAUGUUUCGUGA